UAAUGCUGGUAUCUUUACACUGAAGAUAUUGGAUUAUCCGUAAUGUUCGAUAACAGCAACUGAAAAUAGGAGAUGAUCAAGGAUUACUCAUUUCUCGCAUUUUAUUCGCGUGCAAAGUACUUUUUAGCAGAAUAGUACCACGCUGACGUGGAGGGAUAACGAUGGAUAUUUUAUUCUUACUACUCAUUAUAUCAGUACUGCGGUCGGUUUUUUUGUUAAUGAAAGUACCAAAAAGGACCCCCUUGGCAUAACAUCGAUCAGCUGAUGCAAAAGAACCGGCAACACAAACCUGGAACGUCAGAUCGACGGCAACAAACUGUGUGGGAUAUCCUAAGGAUAUCGUAGGGGAUAAUGGCAUUUCUGUGACAAAAGUUUUAUGAAAAAUAGCAAGUCUCGUUACAAUGUUAUUGGAGGAUUAACAGCGUCAAUAAUUGUAUUACACAAUGUUAUUGUUGCGUCAAUGAAAGAUUUUCAUGAGAGACUACAAAGGUGUAUUCUCAGUGUGAUCGCUAAAAGCUAGAUUUAUAUUACAAUGGAUGUUGGUGUAGUGCGUGUAGCUGAAGACAGUGAUUUUGAAAGGCUGAAGGAGUACCUUGACAAUCACACUGGUUGGAAAUUGGAGUACGGAAAGGAGGAUACUCGAGUCUGGACGAAGUCUGUAGAACACACGAACUUCAAGAUGAUUAAGUUAUGGACAGAUUUUGACAACGUUCUUCCCAGCCAGAUGUAUGAUGUUCUUCAUGAUCCAGAAUAUCGGAAAGUGUGGGACCAGAAUAUGAUUGAUGCUCAUGAUAUUGGCUACAUAAAUCCUAAUAAUGAUGUAGGCUAUUAUGCUAUGUCUUGUCCUGCACCAUUGAAAAAUCGAGAUUUUGUUUUACAACGUUCAUGGCUAGACACAGGCCAGGAGCAGUUAAUUAUAAAUCAUUCUGUUUUUCAUAAGGACUAUCCACCAAGAAGUGGUUUCAUUCGUGCCACUUCAUUCAUGACUGGUUUCCUAAUCCGUCCAAUUGAUGAGACGGGAUGUAAACUUGGAUACAUUUCUCAAACAGAUCCUCACGGUACUUUACCUCCAUGGCUAGUCAACAAAUGUACUCAAAUCUUUGCACCAAAGAUGAUUAAAAAGUUACGAAAAGCAUCUCAGGCAUAUCCAGAAUGGAAAAAACACAACCACCCUGAUUUUAAGCCUUGGCACUAUCCUGAACAAAUAUCUGCUCCACGUCUUCGUAUUGAAGAUGGUUGGAAUGUGUGCUGACGUGCAGAUUGCUAAGUUCAUAGGAAAGCUCUUCGAAAGAGGACAAGUAAAAAACAAUCUUCAUAGGAUAUUAGUGUGUUGAAUCGUCUUCCACAAACGCUGACACAGGUUGGGGUUUCAAUGGGAUUUAAAUCCUCAAUGCAGUGAAGAUACUAGACAAAACUGAACAAUUCGGUUGUAUCAAUUCCAGGUAUAUAUUUAUUGUAUGUGCCUCUGUUGACAUGUAACUUGGCAAAUUUUAAAUUUGUGUUUUCCUAGUUCAAAUUAAUGUUUUGUCCCACAAUGAAUGUUUGAAAAUAAAACAAUUCUUGCAUGUGUUUGAAUGGCAGACUAUUCAAAUUUUAAAAAAAUUGUUCAAAAGGAUAUUUACACAGAAUAUUAAAAUUUAACGUUUUUUAUAUGUUGCAAACAACAAAAAGACAGAAAUAUUGAAGUUUGGUAAGAUGAAUUAUGUUUAAAGACAAGUAUCAAAUGAAACCUGAAUGUAUCAUUUCAUUACUAUAAUUGUUUCUGUUGCUGCAAUUUAAUAUUAUUGAGUUACUGCUAUUAUUCUGAUUAGUUUUUCCUCUUAU